GUGGAAGAGGACGCGCAGCCGAGUCACUACCGACCACUCCUGCUCCUGCAAGUGCCGUGUCUGUCGCUGCAUCGAAAGCCAAACCACCAACCCAGCAGCUCGGUCAGAUGUCUCUCUCUGCUGCUCGCAGCUUUCCUCCCGCCAAAGGCACUGGCGGCUGUGGCGGCGGACGCAGGGAGGACAGAAGGAGUCGGAGAGACGAGCAGGACUACAACCCAAUCAACACUCGUCCGGUCGACCGAGAAAACAAGCAAGGACUGACGGGAGAGCAGAUAGACAUCGUGGCCAACUACUUCGCGCUGAGAACUCUCCCGGAGUGGAGAAUUUAUCAACACAUGGUCGAGUUCUCUCCCGACAUUCCGAUGAUUCGAAUGCGUCGCAGAAUGAUAAGGGAGCACGACGACGUCCUGGGAAAGACAGUGGCGUUCGACGGCACGAUUCUCUACCUCACCAAACGCUUGCCGGAAGAAUCCGUUACUCUGACGUCCAAGAAGAUCUGUCUGAUCGUAAAACUCGGUCUGCAGUGUACUCGAGCGGAUCGUUUCCGGGAUAGUCGACGCUCCACGGCACUUUGUCGUCUGACACCGGAAAACGCACUGGUCCUCCUCCUGGAUAGUUACCGCGACUUCUGCAUUUAGAAUGGCCUACUACUUUUGUACUGUCCAUUUAGAAACGUACAAAACUUCAUGGGACAACAAGAUCUCGCCGCAUACGCAACAGAGGGGAGUACACGUACGUACAGUACACAGA